AUGGCAGGCAGUGUCUGCUUCUUCUGGCUGGUGGAAUGUUCCGCUUAUAACUACACCCCUCACCACCCCGUCCACAUCACCCUACACCUCUCCACCACCCCCGUCCACAUCACCCCACGCCCCUCCACCACACCCGUCCACAUUACCCCACGCCCCUCCACCACACCCGUCCACAUUACCCCACGCCCCUCCACCACCCCUGUCCACAACAUCCUACGCCCUCCACCACCCCCGUCCACAUCACCCUACACCCCUCCACCACCCCGUCCACAUCACCCUACACCCUCCACCACCCCGUCCACAUCACCCUACACCCCUCCACCACCCCCAUCCACAUCAGCCUACACCCCUCCACCACCCCCGUCCACAUCACCCUACACCCCUCCACCACUCCCGUCCACAUCACCCUACACCCCUCCACCACCCCCAUCCACAUCACCCUCCACCCCUCCACCCCUCCACCACACCCGUCCACAUCACCCUACACCCCUCCACCACACUGCCCACAUCACCCCACGCCCCUCCACCACCCCCGUCCACAUCACCCUACACCCCUCCACCACCGUCCACAUCACCCCACGCCCCUCCACCACCCCCCGUCCACAUCACCCUCCACCCCUCCACCACACCCGUCCACAUCACCCCACGCCCCUCCACCACCCCGUCCACAUCACCCUACACCCCUCCACCACCCCCGUCCACAUCACCCUACACCCCUCCACCACCCCGUCCACAUCACCCUCCACCCCUCCACCACACCCGUCCACAUCACCCCACGCCCCCACCACCCCCCGUCCACAUCACCCUACACCCCUCCACCACCCCGUCCACAUCACCCUACACCCCUCCACCACCCCGUCCACAUCACCCUACACCCCUACACCACCCCCGUCCACAUCACCCUCCACCCCUCCACCCCUCCACCACACCCGUCCACAUCACCCCCACGCCCUCCACCACCCCCCGUCCACAUCACCCUACACCCCUCCACCACACCCGUCCACAUCACCCUCCACCCCUCCACCACCCCCGUCCACAUCACCCUACACCCCUCCACCCCUCCACCACACCCGUCCACAUCACCCUACACCCCUCCACCACACCGUCCACAUCACCCCACACCCCUCCACCACCCCCCGUCCACAUCACCCUACACCCCUCCACCACACCCGUCCACAUCACCCCACGCCCCUCCACCACCCCGUCCACAUCACCCUCCACCACACCCGUCCACAUCACCCCACGCCCCUCCACCACCCCCGUCCACAUCACCCUCCACCCCUCCACCACACCCGUCCACAUCACCCCACGCCCCUCCACCACCCCGUCCACAUCACCCUACACCCCUCCACCACCCCCGUCCACAUCACCCUCCACCCCUCCACCACACCCGUCCACAUCACCCCCACGCCCCCACCACCCCCGUCCACAUCACCCUACACCCCUCCACCACCCCCGUCCACAUCACCCUACACCCCUCCACCACCCCGUCCACAUCACCCUACACCCCUCCACCACCCCCCGUCCACAUCACCCUACACCCUCCACCACCCCGUCCACAUCACCCUACACCCCUACACCACCCCGUCCACAUCACCCUCCACCCCUCCACCCCUCCACCACACCCGUCCACAUCACCCCACGCCCCUCCACCACCCCCCGUCCACAUCACCCUACACCCUCCACCACACCCGUCCACAUCACCCUCCACCCCUCCACCACCCCCCGUCCACAUCACCCUCCACCCCUCCACCCCUCCACCACACCCGUCCACAUCACCCUACACCCCUCCACCACACCGUCCACAUCACCCCACACCCCUCCACCACCCCCGUCCACAUCACCCUACACCCCUCCACCACACCCAUCCACAUCACCCCACGCCCCUCCACCACCCCCGUCCACAUCACCCUCCACCCCUCCACCACCCACAUCCACAACACCCUAGCAAAACCCUAA